AUAUCGAUCUUCGGAUUGAUCAGCAAUGGUACGUCACUGUAUAUUACACGUACGAGGCCACGUUUCCGUAAUGCGUUUGGAAUCUUAUGCAGCAGUUUCCUGAUAUGCAACUUGCAAGCCAUAUUUGUACACAUCACUUGGUGUACCAUUGUCCUGAGCACCAAAUCUCCAAUACUAUCAUCACCGAAACUGUUUACCGUACGAUUGGUUGGCGUUUUUUUGAACGGAGGAUGGUUUGGAGCACUUGUUAUGCACUUCCUCACAGCCCUCAAUAGAUUUUAUGCUUUCGUAUAUGCGACAAAAUACAAUCAGUUAUGGUCGCAGUCCAGGACUUUCAAAAUUAUAAUCAUCUCUUGGACAUUUUCAAUGGUCUAUUGCACUCAUCACUUAUAUAAAAACUGUUCACUUCUAUUUAAUUAUGGUUCGACGUAUCGUUGGUUGCAUCAUACCUCAUUCCAUGGUCAAAUAUGUGCCAGAACUGAUGCUAUAGUAUCAGUAAUUUUGGCAGUAGCUAUGGCAUUCAUCGAUUUCAUUACUUUGAUCAAAAUAAUUGCAUAUCGCAGA